GCAGGUCAUUAUAAAUUUGGCUGUAGAUUGAAAACAAAUUUAUAUCCUGUAAUAAUGUUAGUUCAGCUUGCAAUUUUGGCUUUUAGCUACUCCAAUGUAGUCUGUAAGUCGGCACCUAUGGGAACUUUUAAGUCACUCAGCCUCACAGAUUGUGAAGUACAUGGUCCGGCUUUGGAUAUGACCACUUAUCUUCAUAAUAUUAAUCAGAAUGGGGACAAAGCCCUAGACUUGAACUUGGACCUACCUUAUGAUUUGGAUGCAACACAAAUAAUGUUCAAUUUAGAUGUGGCAAGAUGGGAUGGGGGAACUUGGAAGGAAAGAGUUUACAAUGUACAAGGGGAAUUUUAUGAGUACAUGGACAAAUACAUUCCCCAACUUUGGGCUAGAUUCAGGCAACAAAUAACACCAAAAGUUGAACACGAGUAUAUAUUUUCAAAAAAUAUGUACACGUUGAGAAAUUUUGAGAGUCAGAUAGAAGACCUGGAAUUUCCUUCAGCUCUCUACGGAAAGUUCAAAUUGUCUCUACAAUUGUACAAUUCAGAUGAUGAGAACAUAUUAUGUAAAGUUUACGAGGUUGAUAGUACUCAAUAAUCAAGACCACCAAAUUAAAAAUAUAUAGCAAUAAAGAAUGAA